AUGCAGCUCAUCAACCUCAUCGCCCUUGUCACCGCUCUCGCGGCCACGAGCGUCAACGCUCGUCCCAACCCCUCUACCGUCGUCGAGCGUCAGGCUCCCGGUGACGGUGUCGCUAUCAUCCGCUUCUACGCCGGUAUGGGCUGCGAAGAGCCAUGGCUCGAGGACAACGUUUUCUUCCAGAAUUCUACGUGCACGGAAAACUCGUACAAGGCGCCAUACGGUAGCUUCAGGGUCUAUAUCAAUGACUUCACCAGAACCAAAUGUGGUGGUACCAACUACGUGGAUGUCCAGCCAGGAGUGGAGCAAUGCUUUUCCGGCCGGGUUGGUUCGUACAAGUCCUUGUAG